AUAGAGCUGCUGAUACAAAACCAAAAAAUGGAUAGACGCAAGCUCUGUCGAAUUUUGGAACUUGUGAAGAUAUCAAGUGCGAUUAAUCAAUUACCCGGCCUGCCCGAAAAAUUGCUGCAAGCAGCUUUGCACUCGCCUGCAAAAGUGGAAUAUUUUCCAUCAGUUAGCGAAGGACGAAGACAUACACGGCAAACUUCUACAAGAAUUUUCCGCCCAUCAUUGUACCGCAGAUUAUAUGAAGAUUCUGUUCAACUUGUGGCUCCGGGACAAAGCAUAUCAAGAUGUCUCACCUAGCGAUGAUGACCCGUGGGAUGAAGAGUCGAGCGAUGAAGGCUCGUCAGUCGUGGAGGAAAACGAAGCCGAUAUCACAACUGAAGAGGGAGAAUUUAGAAAUGAUGGCUCAUCUAUCUUGAACAUAGAUGAAGGGAAUACGUCUUGUAGAGGACUAGAUUUCGAGAACACUUCCUCCAUAGAAACAGUAGACGAAAACGGCGUCUCAACUCUCCCGGAUUCAACCGAGCGGACAUCUCCAAUGGCUAAAACCGAGGUCGGCGCUUUGGAUAAAGUUUUAGAAGAAAGCAAUCAAUCCCCGAACAUGGACGAAAGAGAAGAUAGAGACCUACAUUUACUAUCAGGCAGCUACGAAUCAACAGAUUUCGGGAAGCUACGACUAUUGUUGGCGCGAAAUCCCAAUCUGGAGGUUCCCAAUGGCAAAAACAUCACAGCACUUGCCAUUUCUAUCCGUACCAAAAUUUUUACGAGCCAUGUGCUUGCUCAUUGCAGGCGCAGAUAUCGAAAGUCAUACAAGUCAUGGAUAAACUUGCUUACAUCUCGCUUGCUGCGUAGGAAAUGAAAAAGCUGUCGCGGAUUUGCUCGACGCUGGUGUUGAUACUUCCCCUAAGGAUGAUUUUCAGUAUACUGCAAAAGACUAUGCCGCACGCAACGGGCGUCCUGAUAUCGUAGAUUUAUUUUUCAGGGAUCCUUGUGCAAAAUUACCUCGUAGCAAAUCCUCUGGCAAGGAGCUACAUGAUUGUGAGUCCCGUGGGUUUCAGGCUUGUGUGGAAAGUACUAUUGUAGAAUCUGACGUUUUGAAUUCCGUUCAACUUCCUCUUGGGAAAUUCCGGAGACCUUACCCUUCGUCCUAAAUGAUCAUCAAAUAUCCCCAACGCUUCGAUCGUUGAUCUUUCCAACUCAGCAGAAUCAAUGGCACGCUCUUGACCGAAACACAACCACACAUUAAUAGUGAUUUCGCCAAUUGCGAAUGACUAGUCAGGUGCUCCUGCACCCAGACACCAAAAAAGCUUAACAAGCUCGUAAUGCCUAGUUGACACUGGAAUCUUUCAAAUUGUCCGCAGGCACAGAGUGAUUUGGGAAGAAAUUAAGGAUUCGUCGUACUCAUAAUGUUUUUGAUUAUUCGUUUCUACUUCAGCAUAGUAUGUGAUCUUUUAAA